ACAAACCGAAAUAGCGAAAAUUGAGCAUCGAGAAGAUGGAGGAGAAAGCACGCGCCGCCUCCGCCUCGCCGGAGGAAGAUGCCAAGAGAAGGUGCGAUUCUCUCAUCGAUCAACUCCAGCACAUACCAAGGAAUAAGCUCUCUCCCUCGUCGAAGACCACACUAUGCCGUUUAAUCAACUCAGAGCUCACUUUUCUCCACCGUAUUUCCGCCGCCGCGGCGUCUGAUCUCAAUUCUCCUCCUCUCAGUCUGAAUAUCGGACACUUAGAGGCGGUGGUUCAUGUGCUCCGGCAGCCCUCGGUCACCGGAGUAUCGCGCGUCUGCAAGCCGAUUGAAUUUUCGAAAUCGUCUAGCGUUUAUGUUGAUGUAGUUUGCUCACUGAACGGGAAUCCCGUGUGGUUCAUUGUCUCCGGCAGAAACCCUAGGUGCAUCUCCUGGAAUGGCGGAUCUUCUGAGAAGGACAAGGGAUUGAGGAAAAAGAUUCAGCUAGUUGUCGAUGCUGCGCGCCACUCCCCUGUAACGCUCCGGCCAUCAUCGGUCGUGCUAUUCUUUUCGAAUGGCCUUGGUGACGAUGUUUACCAGAAGCUUAGAUGCGAAUUUGAGGCCGUGGAUGUGAAAAUGGAGCCACUAUGUUAUCAUGAGUUGGACCUGGAAGAGGAAUGGACUGAUGUAGUGCUUGGUAGAUUGUUUCCUGAUGCUUGUGCUGUGAGAAUACAGGUUGGGGAAGAUGGAAUUGAACCGGAGAAAGAUAUCCGUGAGAAUAGGAUGGGUAGUCCUGUUUCGCGUAAUAAGUGCUGCGAGCACUCUGGUUUUGAUCCAGGCUUGUCUUUAAGUUCUCUUGUUGCUGGAAUGAAGUGCUGGUGCUGCUCUUUGGAUGAUGAAGUGGAGCUUCAAGUUGGAUUAAUGAAUCAGUCAUGGAGGGAUGUUGAAGCCAAGUUGGUUAAUUUUGAUACUACAGCAAUGGUUGCCAUUGCCUCAGGAAUUAGUAAUGGAAGGACAGAGAAGCUUUUGGCUACACCAGAGCAUCAAUUGAGAGACCGUUUUAAGGGAAACUAUGACUUUGUGAUUUCCCAGGUUGUUUCGGAAAAUCAAAAUCCAAUCCACAGAGAGUUGUCUGGCUUAAUAUCAGGAAAACGAGGAAUUAUCUGUGAAAGUGUUCGGCUUGAGUUCCAAGAGCUCAUUACAAUGUGUGGUGGACCUAAUGAGAAACUAAGAGCUGAAUUCUUUCUGAAAUUUCUCAAGGUAUUGCCUGACUGUCCAUCAACACGACUGAUGAGCCUUCCGACAACUAGAAAACUGGCUUUGAAAAACAAAGUGGUUUUUGGUACUGGUGAUUAUUGGUGUGCACAAACUGUAACAGCAAAUAUGGCUUUUGUCAGGGCUGUCUCACAGACGGGAAUGUCUCUUUCCAUAGUAGAGCAUAGACCACGGGCACUAAUUGGGGACUAAAAUGCUGCCACGGAUAUUUCCACAUGGUGGAAGAGGUUGUUUACUGCACUUCUUAAAAUGUAUACGCACUAGAAAUACUGUCUAUACCUUAAUCGACACAACAAUUCCGUGCUUGCACCAGGAAGCACCUGGGCAUCUAAGGAGACAGUUGAAAUUAAAGUAAAGUAUAGAUUUCUGAUGACUUUAAGCAGGAGAGGAGUGCAGUUGACUAAUUCUUCCAGGUUAUCUACAAAGUAUGAAAAAUCUUAGGCAGCAGCACAAGGGGAAUCAUCUUAGAGUAGGUAAAAGAGUUCAUCAUGGUUAGGGCCUUUAACUCCUCAUGUCUGAGUCCUCAUCUACUUGGCUGAUGUUUUGCAAAUAUGGGCCAAGCGACAACUCCAACAGGAUAUCAAGUUACAGCUCUGGACUUAUCAUAUUAGAAUUGUAUUAUUAGCAGUUAUUCCAGAAUGGUGAAUGUAGUUCUCUUACAAUCUUUUGACAAUGCAGUAAAUUUUGUUUUUCAA